AUGAAUUUUAAGAUUUUCCUUUCUUUGUCAAUUUUUUUGUUUUUUUUAAAACCAAAUGUUCCCAAAGGUGUUUAUGGGUUGAAAAAUGUAUGCAAAUUAAAUUUUUUAAAUUUUAAUGGUUUUCUUCCUCUACAUAAAACUAAUAAAUGUUUUUCUAAGCAUGAUGAAAAUUUAUAUGAUAGUUGGGAUGUUAAGCCAUUAUGGAAUGCUAAACCAUUUUCUUUAAUGAAAUUGCCCUUUAACCCUCAAGAUAUGUCCCCUUUUUUGAGUGAGGAAGCUAUAAAAUAUCAUUACAGCAAACACCAUGCUACAUAUGUGAAGAACUUAAAUAAUUUAUCUGAGCAACAUAAGGAUUUAAAAAGUUUAACAUUAGAAGACAUAAUAAAAAAGUAUGAUGGAUCUAUAUACAAUAAUGCAGCUCAAAUUUUUAACCACAAUUUCUUUUGGCUAGGAUUAAAAGAACAAGGGGGAGGAAUGCCAUAUGGUGAAAUAAAAGAAAAACUUGAUGAAUCCUUUAAUUCAUUUGAAAAUUUUAAAAACGAAUUCGUAAAGCAAGCAUCAGGUCAUUUUGGAAGUGGGUGGAUAUGGUUAAUAAUAAAAGAUAGAAAAUUAGAGAUUUUUCAAGGACAUGAUGCUGAUAGUCCUAUUAAACAAAAUAUUGGAAAACCCAUAUUAACAUUAGAUAUAUGGGAACAUUCUUAUUAUGUGGAUUAUAAAAACUCGAGAGCUGAUUAUAUAAAAGAAUGGUUUAAUAAAAUAAAUUGGGAUUUUGCCAAUUAUAAUUUGUCCAUUUCAAAUUAA